AUGCAGGUCACCAAUUCCACAAACCCGGAGCUUGAGGCCCGUCUCCGACAAUCCGCCCGACCCGAAACUGUCAUGAUGGGUAAAGUGAACCAGGAGAGGCUAGCUGAAUAUCUGGGAGAGUUGAAGCAGAAGCAGGAUACAAACGACAGAUACGUUGCUGCUCUAAGAGGAGAGACUCUUACCAGGAAGCCUUACCAAAGAAUUCAACCAGUGCCAAAGCCAAAUGACACGGUGACAACCAAACCUCAGUAA